AUGGACAAAAAGAUAGACUCUGCGCUUAGACGCGACUUCCAAAAUUCAGCAGCCAUUUUGAGACCCGCAGCUGCAGCUACCACUGUGGCCAAGACGGCAAAAUUUUGGUGUCAGGAGUUACUAAAGAAUCCACCUUCCUCACCAGACCAAUUUACUGAAGAAAUAGAAAAAAUCAAAUCUGCCCUUUCAUUUUUAGGCGAGGCGGCCAUUGACACAGCAAAACUUGCGGCAAAAGCCUCAGCAGCCUCAGUUACUGCUCGCAGGGCGAUGUGGCUACGUCAGUGGUCGGGCGACACUGCAUCUAAACACAAACUAACAUCACUUAAAUUUGCGGGAACACAACUCUUUGGUCCCGAAUUGACACAAAUAAUUUCCGAAGUCACUGGCGGCAAAGGGGCCUUCCUACCACAAGGUAGACGUCCCAGGCGAGACUUCCACAAACGUAACUUCCAACACAAGACUUGGAAUUCUUCGAACCGUCAGCAAAGAGGUUCCAGACCGCUACCACAGGCGCAAUCUAACAGGAGAUACAAGGCCCCAUGGCAGAACCAAACCAAAAGCAUCCGCAAACAUACUCCAACAAAGAGUCAGGAUUCCUGA